GGCACCUCCCCUGCCCCAGCACUGCGGAGAAUCGUGGGCCGGCAAUAGCAGGAGAUAAUAACAAUAUUAUUAGAGCACGGGACCCGUACAUUAAAGACACGUAAAAAAAAAUAAAGCCCACCAUGUCGGUUGCCUUUGCUUCUGCUCGGCCGAGAGGCAAAGGGGAGGUGACCCAGCAAACUAUCCAGAAGAUGUUAGAUGAAAAUCACCACCUAAUACAAUGUAUUAUGGAUUAUCAGAGCAAGGGGAAAACUGCAGAAUGCACUCAAUACCAACAAAUCUUGCACAGAAACCUCGUUUACUUGGCAACAAUAGCAGAUUCUAACCAGAAUAUGCAGUCCUUGCUUCCUGCUCCACCAACGCAAAACAUAAACUUGGGCCCGGGAGGAAUGACUCAGAGCGCAUCCAACCAAUCUCUUCAUUCACAGAGCAAUCUCAGUGAUGCAAUCGGGACGGGCCUUCCUCCUUCCUCCCUCAUGCAGAGUCAGAUUAGCAAUGGUCCCAAUCACGUGCCUAUGCAGCAGUCAGGCCAGAACACCAUGCCCACAACAUCUCUGAGUAUGACUGUCAGCAGUCAUGGAACCGGGCCUGGUUACAGCCAUACAGUGCCUGCAUCUCAGAACGUGCCAAUGCAAGGCCAGGGGUCAAUAGGCAAUUAUGUCUCUCGAACAAACAUCAACAUGCAGUCGAAUCCAGUCUCGAUGAUGCACCAGCAAGCAGCGACGUCACAUUACAACUCGGCACAAGGAGGGAGCCAGCAUUACCAGGGGCAGUCCUCCAUUGCCAUGAUGAGUCAGAGCAACCAGGGCAACAGCAUGAUGGGUCAGCGACCAAUGGGCCCCUACAGAGCUUCACAGCAAGGUUCCUCGCAGCAGUACAUGGGUCAGGAGGAAUAUUACAGUGAACAGUACAGUCAUGGCCAAGGCUCAUCAGAACCCAUGAAUCAGCAGUAUUAUCCAGAUGGACAUGGUGAUUAUGCCUAUCAGCAGUCAUCCUACACUGAGCAGAGCUAUGACAGGUCAUUUGAUGACUCUACACAACACUAUUAUGAAGGAGGAAACUCUCAGUACAGCCAGCAGCAGGCAGGAUACCAACAGGGAGCUGCACAACAGCAAACGUAUUCCCAGCAGCAAUACCCGAAUCAACAAAGUUACCCAGGACAACAGCAAGGAUAUGGUCCUGCACAAGGAGCAUCUUCACAGUAUUCCAGCUACCAACAGGGACAGGGGCAGCAAUAUGGGAGUUACAGAGCUUCUCAGACAGGGCCAUCCGCUCAGCAGCAGAGGCCUUAUGGCUAUGAGCAGGGACAAUAUGGAAACUACCAGCAAUAAAAUAAUACGAUCCCGUGUCAGAUUCAUUUCAAUAGUAUUUCCAUCUUUUGAACUGGAUGUACCGGCAGUUUUGAUUAAUUGUAAUAUGUUGGUUACCCCUUAGCACAAAGCAGAGUCUGUAUGUGAACAGUGUUCAUUUCAUGCUGGAUAUGAAGCAGUGCACUACUGGUAACAAGGCAAUGCUUUAAUGGUUUGAUAUUUGGUGCUGUGUAUAGUACUGUAUGUUGAUACGACGCAGAAGUUUUUAAUUCCCCCCCCCCCCUCCCACCCCAUUCUUGAUGUUUCUAAAUAGUUUUAGGAUCAUUUGAUCACGGUUGUGCCCCGUUCUGACAAAAUGCCAGGUUAUUCUGCAUUCUAAGUAAAUACGAAGCCAUCAGUCAUAUCUCAGUCCAGGCAAGUGUCCUAUGGUAGGUUAUCAACCUUUUGUUAAACUAAAUGCAUUACAGGUUGCCUGCCAGCCUCUGAAAUCCAUGGCUCUUCACUUCUUAAGAAUAAAGGAAAGAUUAUAUUCCUUAUGUGAAGACAGUUCCACGCUAUAAAAUCAACUGCAGUUUCUGAAGUACCUACUGGGCAAACUACCCGGCGUUUAUCAUUCAGGAAUCUGCAUAAGUCCAUUAUUUCUGCUGUAAAAGGUACAGAAAGAUGAUCGAAAGAUAUGAUCAAGGAAACGUUAAUCACUGGUGGCACCUUUUAUGUAUCCACGUAAAAGAAGGUAUUUCUGUCAUGGAAAGAAAAACAGAGAUCUACAGUGUUGUCCUAUCAGAUGUCUGAAUAUUUAUUUAUUUAUUUAUUUAUUUAUUUAGUGGUGGCAGAAAAGCAACCAAAUUCGGCUUUAAAUGUGCAACAAUAUCAUGCAUAUAGAGGGGGAAUUGUUAAUGGGAUCAACCGGUGAGAGAAUACCUACAGAGGGAGAGUCUAGAAAUAUGAACUGGGGAUAUGAAAGAGCCACUAUGAGUUAUUUCUACUCAGUUUUAUAUGUCCCUAUAGGGUGUUGAAUAAAGCACUUUUGAAGUGCUUCUGUAACUGAUGGAUGAAAUAACACAUCCAGAUUUCCCUGGUGAAAGAGUAGGAUGGUUGUAAUCAGUUUUGAAUAGGAGGUUAAUUGGAAAUGUAUGCUGUAAAUCUACCUUGUGCUGUAGGACUGUCGUUUGUUCAAACCGGUGUAAUUUACAGCGUUUUGAGUUCUAGCACUUUGUGUUUUGAACAACCAGGAACCCAGUAAGACAAGAGAUAUCUCACUUCAUCUAUUCCUGUAGGGAGGAGUCUUUAAGUGGACAGUUUGCUAUGGGAUGUUGUCCAAGCACUGCCCUUGCAAUGUUAAUGCUUUCCAUUACUGAUGAAACACGAUGUGUUUUCAGCCCGUCCUCAUUUCAUUCAUCUUUCCUGCUGGUGUUUUCAUACAAAUAAGUACUCAAAUAUCAAGGAAUGGAAAGGAUGGAGGUUUUUUCUUUAUGACAUAUCAAUAUCACAGGUAGCCAGAAUGCAAUAUUGCUCUUGGCCAGCUUGGAUGUACACCUUUCCCAUGGCUUUUCAAAGAGCUGAAAUACUUUGGAGAUAAUAUGAACAACACUUGGAAGGAAGCAGCAACAUCCCACCAACCCGAAAUGUCUUACAUUAAGAACUUCUUGAAUGUUGUGUAUAUAAUGUAUUUGAAAGAGCACUUUGGAAAUAGUUUGUACAUUUAUUUCCUAAUUUAUACAUGAUUUUGGUGUUAAUAUUUCUAACUGUUAAUAACAAAAAAAACAAAAAAACAACGUUUAUUUAAUGUCUUGUCCAUUUUUAUGUAUCGAUGUGGAACACCGACGUGAUGCCAGCAGCAUUUUGACUUUUCUUUCAUUCUAACUGUAACCAUUACCUGUUUUGUAAUACAGAAUGCUUGGAAAUUGUUUAGGUUAAACGUUAUCUGAAAGAGAA